CCCGCCCCCCUCCCCUCCCCUCCCCUCCCGUCAACAAGACUGCGUUCGAUUUUCUCGCACUCGUCGGCUAACGAUGAUUCGCUGCGUUCGUUAACCGAAAACCAGUCCGUCGCCCUCCCUUUCGACCGUAUUUUAUUUUAAUUUUCGGGGUUCCCCGUCGAGGGAGGCGACCGAGGCCGAGCUGUACCGACCGACCAGGGCGGAAUAUACAAGGCCGUGUCGCCGCAGCUAGCUGGGGUUAGCAUCUUGGCGAGAGGCUGCUAGCUGGCUGAGCUAGCCGUCUUGCUAGCUGGAUGGAUGGAUGGAUGGAUGGAUGGAUGACACUUGGCUCGCUUGCUGCUAUUAAAUGCUCUUUCACACCCUGAAGCGAUGAUCGGUCUUUGACAGCGAGGGGCGGAGGGCCGCUUGGUUCCGUGCGGGAGCGUCCCGGAUUGAUUUGCUUCUCGCCGCCGUUGCUGAUGCCCAUUUGGAGCCGCCAAAAUGAUGCCGAUGAUAUUGACGGUUUACCUCAGCGACGGGGAGCAGGCCAUGACGGAGGUGCCCGUCACGCCCGAGACCACGUGCCGCGAUGUGGUGGAGUUCUGCAAAGAGCCCGGCGAGAGCGGCUGCCACCUGGCUGAGGUCUGGAGAGGCAACGAGCGAGCCAUCCCGUUCGAGCACAUGAUGUACGAACAUCUCCAGAAAUGGGGCCCCCGCAAGCAGGAGGUCAAGUUCUUCCUGCGCCAUGAAGAUUCCCCGACUGAGGGCAGUGAUCAGGGGAGUCAGCAGUCUCAGGAUCAGACCAGUCGGAGAAGCGGCAACGCCGGAGAGAAGCACAAUGACAACGGGGUUGGGAAUCAACGCGUGGAGCUGACGCUUUCCGAGCUCCAAGAGAUGGCGGCGAGGCAGCAGCAGCAGAUCGAGGCCCAGCAGCAGAUGCUCGUCGCCAAGGAGCAACGGCUGCGCUACCUCAAGCAGCAGGAGCGACGUCAGCAGCAGACGGCCACCGAGAGCGAGAAGCUGCAGCGGCUGAAGGAGCGCGUCGAGAGCCAGGAGGCCAAACUCAAGAAGAUCCGAGCCAUGCGGGGCCAGGUGGACUACAGCAAGGUCAUCAACGGCAACCUGUCGGCAGAGAUCGAGCAAGUGAGCGGCCUGUUCCAGGAAAAGCAAGCCGAGCUGCAGGCGGCCGUGCUACGGGUGGAGCAGCUCAGCCUGCAGCUGGAGGACCUGCGCCGGGGCAAGCUCAACGGCAUCCAGACCGCUCUGGGGGGCCAAGUGACGGGCACUGCCGCUCUGGAGCUCCGCAAGCUCUACCAGGAGCUGCAGAUCCGCAACAAGCUCAACCAGGAGCAGAACAGCAAGCUGCAGCAGCAGAAGGAGCUCCUGAACAAGCGCAACAUGGAGGUGACGCUGAUGGACAAGCGCAUCAGCGAGCUGCGCGAACGCCUCUACAAGAAAAAAGCUGAGCUCCACAGGGCCAACGGGCCGCCUUCCCCGCAGCCGGCCGUCGGCACGCUGGGCCGCGUCGCCGCCGUGGGUCCCUACAUCCAAGUUCCCGCGCCGACCCGACAGGACCCGGGUUACGGCUUGCCGCCCGAACCGCUCAAGCCGCAAACCUUGGGAGUCAACAACCAAGCCAACCAAGGCCGCGCCAAGUCAGACGGCGGCGUGCAAAAGUCUCCCGCCGGCCCCUGGAAGGUGUCUGAUUUAGACAUCGUGGUGGACCCGCUGGCCCCGCCCCUUCCGGAGUCUCACCCGGGCCCGCCGGGAGCCUGUGACGGCACAUCCCCCAGCGACACCAGCUGCCCCCCCGCGGGCAAGACUGGCGCGUCCCUCAAGCCUCCCGAGAGAAGGGACUCGGAUCCGCAGGCUAAGACCCCUGCGUCCGGCCCCCCCGCCGUUUCAAGUACAGAAAAGGUGCACGACUCCAAAAUGGCCGCGUCGUCCCCUUCCAUUUCCAAGCCGCAACCGCCGCCGUACGGCUCGCACCUCUCCUUGGAGCGCCGCAAGGAUGCGCUUCCCCCGCCUCGCCCGCUGCCGACCCCCUCUGCGCCCGCCUGGCCCCGUGCGCCACCCGCCGCCGGUUCUUCUUCACAGCAGAUCCAGCAGCGGAUCUCGGUGCCGCCCAGUCCCACCUUCCAGCACCACGCGCCCCUCUUCCCGCCCGGUCUGAGCGAGCGGCCGGACCCCCCGCCGGCCGCGGCGGUGCGCCCCUUCGUCCCGGAAAGGGGGUCGCGGCCCCAGUCCCCCCGGAAGGGCCCGGCCACCAUGAACUCCAGCUCCAUCUAUCACAUGUACCUCCAGCAGGCGGCGCCAAAGAGUCAGCCACUCAAACCAGCUCUCAAAGCAGUGUACGGGAAGCCCGUCCUCCCUCCCAACUCAACACCCCCGUCGCCUCUGCCCUUCGUCCCGCCCGGAGGGGCCUUCCCGCUGCUGCAGGAUACGCCGGACGGCGACGGCGAGGAUCACGAGGGCCUACGCCACCCGGAGCCGUCGGCUCCUCCCCCCAGCGUGGAGAACAUCCCCCGACCGCUCAGCCCCACCAAGCUGACGCCCAUGGUGCACUCGCCCAUGCGCUACCAAAGCGACGCCGACCUGGAAGCGCUCCGCAAAAAGCUGGCCAACGCUCCGAGGCCCCUGAAGAAGCGCAGUUCCAUCACGGAACCGGAGGGCCCCAGCGGACCCAACAUCCAGAAACUUCUGUACCAGAGAUUCAACACUCUUGCGGGGGGCAUUGAAGGAAGCGUGGGAUCGGGGGCAGGCAACGGCGCAGGCGACGGAACGCCAUUUUAUCAGCCGGCGAAUCCCGCGGCCUUUCCGGGCUGCGACCCGACCGCGGAUACGGAUAACGGCAACCUUCCUUCUGACGCCCUGCCGCCGCCGCCGCCCCCGCCCGGGGCCGAGGAACCGGGCUCGGAAGCUUCAUCUAUCGACCCCAACGACAACCAGCCGCUGCCUCCGCCCCCUGAAGGACUUCUGGACCCCGCUGAAGAGGAAGGACCGGAAGACGACGACGACGCCAACAACAAUUUGGAAAGUUCUGAGGCUUUGCUGCCCAGCCCCGUGCUGGAGGUUACGUUUCCGGAGGGGAGCGGCGUCGUGCUGACCCAACCGUCGCGCACAAACCUGAAAAAACCAGAGUCCGAGCGCACCGGCCACGGCUUCCGGGUGAAAUUCAACCCUCUGGCUCUCCUGCUGGACGCCUCGUUGGAGGGGGAGUUUGAUCUGGUCCAGAGGAUCAUCUAUGAGGUGGAGAAUCCCAGCACGCCCAACGACGAGGGCAUCACCCCGCUGCAUAACGCCGUAUGCGCCGGACACCACCACAUCGUCAAGUUCCUGCUGGAUUUCGGCGUCAACGUCAACGCGGCCGACAGCGACGGAUGGACUCCGCUCCACUGCGCCGCCUCGUGCAACAGCGUCCACCUGUGCAAGUUGUUGGUCGAGUCGGGGGCCGCCAUCUUCGCCAGCACCAUCAGCGACGUGGAGACGGCGGCAGACAAGUGCGAGGAGAUGGAGGAGGGCUACGUCCAGUGCUCCCAGUUCCUAUACGGCGUUCAGGAAAAGAUGGGCGUCAUGAACAAGGGCACGGUGUACGCCCUGUGGAACUACGAGGCUCAGAACCAGGACGAGCUUUCCUUCGGGGAGGGGGACGCCGUCACCGUCCUGCGGCGGCAGGACGACAGCGAGACGGAGUGGUGGUGGGCGCAGCUGGAGGACACCGAGGGCUACGUGCCUCGCAACCUGUUUGGGCUGUACCCUCGGAUCAAACCCCGCCAGCGCACCUUGGCGUGACGCCCCAAUCCCGAAACGAAGAGCAGCGAACAAACGACGAGCCUCGCGGGUCUUCUCCCGGUGGCCGUUGUCAUUUAUUUACACGCACACACGGUCGGGCGGUAAGACAAGCACUCCAAAUGCAGCAAAUCCCGCUGGCCACUUGGAACCCGUCACUCCACGUCUCGUUGCCCCCCCCCCCCCCGUCGCAAGUUUUUCGUCUCUUUCUUCCCCAGCCCACAGAGCAACGUUGGCGAUUUGACGUUUCAUGGAAUUUUUUUAUCUUUCGUCUGCCUCGAGAAGAAUGAACCCAAAUGUGUUCUGACCCACCCAAAAUUGCAAUAGGUAGUUUUCUGUGUUUGAAAAUGUCGGCUGUGCUCUACAAAAGAGAAGAGAAAAGAUGAAUUAUUUUCCCCAGCACUUUGGAAUAUGCUGAGCAAAUGUUCGAGGAUCUUUUGGCAUUUGGGGCUUGGCACUUCAGUCAUCUUCUCAAACUUUCUCAAAUCAUUAAAACAAUUUAAUAGGCGGUAAUUCAUCUGCGAGCGCUCAACUUUGCGGCUGAUCAGUUUCCCCUCCACCGAAGCGAUCCAUUUUUAGCAAAACAGUAUUAAUCGGAGCUAUUUUUACUUUUUGUCCAAACCGCCCAGACAUCCAAUCUCGAGGAGACAAAAUGCCGCACGUCACCCGCAGAGUAAGGCAGCUGUUUUCACCACUUUAAAUUGGUUCAAUGUGUCAUAAGAACACCAAACGUGGGGGCAAAGUUCAGAGCAGGUCGACGUGAAUUAUAAGCUAUUGCUAAAAUGUGAUCCCAAAGACCAAUCAAUGUCCCAACGUUUUUGUGACGAGCGUAGAAUGAUCGGAUUGGCCGUUCCAUGUCGUAUUUAAUAAUCCCGCUCGAAAUUGUCAACAAUUGGUGGUCAACCUUUCCAGCGAUUUGGCAUUCAAUAUCUUCUUUCGAUUGAAACAAAUGCACACGCCUCGAUGUCUCAAUCUCAGGACCAACACGGCGACGGCGAUAUUUUUACGCUCGGCGCGUCACACGAACGACCAAGCAAACAUGUCCAGAAAUAUGCUGUCAUAAGAAGACGAUACUGUGGCUAUUUAACGACUUUCCCGUGCGUGCACGUUGGCGUACAUGUUACCCGAAAAUCCGCGGUGCGUUUUCAUCCUCCGGCGUGCGAGCGGCCCGGGACUUUUGCGGUCCUGGACUCAAAAGAUGUACGGACGAGGUGGGCUUUCUCGAACAAUGCUGUACUCGAUACAAAUACAAAAUGUGUACAUGUGAACAAUAAAAUUGAAGCUCUG